AUUGUUGAUAUCCUACAAUUUAUAUAUUUAGUUAAAUUUGGUUGCUCCAAGCGCGAACACAUAAGAUAAUAGUACUGUGAUAAGAGAUUUUGUUGCAUCUGUGACUACUUGUAUUUACAUAUUAUUUACGAGAAUUUUGGUUUACAUAUCAACUGCAAACCGAACUUUACUUGCCAGCCAACUUGAAAAUGUUAUCAAUUCGAAGUGCACGCAAUGCCGGAGUCGUACGAGUAAUAGCGUCAAGGUGCAUUAACGUACGCAAACAACAACAUCAAGUACCACGAAUGCAAGUUGCGUUACAAUCGACUGUUGUCAAUGUCAAGACUCACAAUAUAGACAGCAAAUCAUUUGUGGAUUCUUUGGAUGCUGAAUGGCAACAGGCGCUACCCUACAAAACCAUACCAGGCCUCACCAAAUACCAAAUGGUGCGUGGCUUUAUGAAAGGCGGCGACUUUGUUGAUAUGUCGCUGAAUGAUUUGCUCCUAAAAUGUCGCGAACGUUUCGGUGACAUUUUUCGCAUGGCUGGCGUUUUUGGACAGCCAACCACAGUAGUACUUUUUAAUUUAACCGAUUUUCAAAAAAUAUUUCGCACUGAGGGUGUUUGGCCUAUACGACCCGGCGGCGAAGUGGUGGAACAUUAUCGUCUUGAGCGAAAGGACGGAUUUUUUAGUACAAUGCUUGGCCUAACCGGACACGGCGAAGAAUGGGGCAAAUUCCGACAUGCUGUGAAUCCCGUUUUAAUGCAACCGAAAAAUGCUAAGCUCUACUUGAAACCCAUGCAAAAGGUUAGCUUGGAAUUUAUACAGAGAAUUCGUGACAUACGUGAUCCGCAAACCCUAGAGGUGCCAGACAACUUUGUGAAGGACAUCAAUCGACUCGCCUUCGAGUCAGUCGCAGUGGUGGCUCUGGAUCAUGAAUUUGGUUUGAUUCGCAAGAAUCCCGACUCAAAAGAAGCCGCAAUGCUCUUCGAUAAUUUAAACGCUUUUAUGAAAUCAUUCUACGAUUUAGGUGUGAAACCAUCACUUUACAAAUACAUAAAAACACCCACAUAUCGACGCUUCGAAAAAUCGAUGGACUCAAUAUUCGAUAUAACAAGUAGAUUUGUCAAUGAUGCUUUAGUACGCUUGGAACAGAAUCCUUCAAAAGAGGGAGAAGAACGCAGUGUGUUGGAGAAGCUUCUGAAAAUUGAUCGCAAAAUUGCUAUCAUAAUGGCAAUGGAUAUGCUAAUGGCUGGUGUGGAUACGACAUCUUCCGUACUAGCAGCCGUCUUUUUGUGCAUUGCUAAGAAUCCAGAGAAACAGCAAAAGUUACGUGAAGAGCUUUUGAAUGUGCUGCCGCACAAGGAUGACCACUUCACCAUAGAGAACAUGAAAAACUUGCCUUAUCUUCGAGCCUGCAUCAAGGAGGCGUUACGUAUCUACCCACUUGCUUUUGGUAAUAUACGUGAAACCGGCUCUGACUUGGUAUUGGGUGGUUAUCAAGUGCCAAAGGGUACACGUGUUUUUAUGCCUUCCAAUAUGCUAUUAAAUGAAGAACAGUUUUUUCCACGAGCGCAGAAAUUUUUACCCGAACGUUGGUUACGCCAUCCGGAUGAAUCGACGACGACCGAAAGCGAAAAAUUAGUUGCUGAUAAUUUGAACAAAUUUAUUUAUUUGCCAUUUGGUUUCGGACCACGUAGUUGUGUGGGCAAGCGAAUUGUGGAACUGGAGUUGGAAAUGUCAUUAGGCAAUGUGGUGCGACACUUCCAAAUCGAAUUCAAUCACCCAUCGGAUAAGCCUUUUGUAAACCAUUUUCUUAGUACGCCACGCAUUCCAAUGAAAUUUAAGUUUAUUGAUUUGAAUUAUUUUAAAUUUGGUUGCUCCAAGCGCGAACACAUAAGACAAUUGUACUCCGAUAAAAGAUUUUGUUGCAUCUGUGAAUACGGGUAUUCAUUAUUUACGAGAAUUUUGGUUUUGAUAUACGCAUACGUGCACACACACAGAUACAUACGUACAUACAUACAUGCAUAUCAACUGCAAGCGGAACUUUACUUGCCAGCCAACUUGAAAAUGUUAUCCAUUCGAACUACACGCAAUGCCGGCGUCGUACGAGUAAUAGCGUCGAGGUGCACAAACGUACGAAAACAACAACAGCAAAUACCACGAAUGCAAGUUGCGUUGCAAUCGACUGCUGUCAAUGUCAAGACUCAUAAUAUAGACAGCAAAUCAUUCGUGGAUUCUUUGGAUGCUGAAUGGCAACAGGCGCUACCCUACAAAGCCAUACCAGGUCUCACCAAAUACCAAAUGGUGCGUGGCUUUAUGAAAGGCGGCGACUUUGCUAAUAUGUCGCUGAAUGAUAUGCUCCUAAAAUGUCGCGAACGUUUCGGUGACACUUUUCGCAUGGCUGGCGUUUUUGGACAGCCAACCACAGUGGUACUUUUUAAUUUAACCGAUUUUCAAAAAAUAUUUCGCACUGAGGGUGUUUGGCCUAUACGACCCGGCGGUGAAGUGGUGAAACAUUAUCGUCUUGAGCGAAAGGACGGGUUUUUUAGUGAAACGGUUGGCCUGGCCGCGCACGGCGAAGAAUGGGGCAAAUUCCGACAUGCUGUGAAUCCCGUUUUAAUGCAACCGAAAAAUGCUAAGCUCUACUUGAAACCCAUGCAAAAGGUUAAUUUGGAGUUUAUACAGAGAAUUCGUGACAUACGUGAUCCACAAACCCUAGAGGUGCCAGACAACUUUGUGAAUGACAUGAAUCGACUCGCCUUCGAGUCAGUCGCAGUGGUGGCUCUGGAUCAUGAAUUUGGUUUGAUUCGCAAGAACCCCGACUCAAAAGAAGCCGGAAUGCUCUUCGAUAAUUUAAACGUUUUUAUGAAAUCAUUCUACGAUUUAGGUGUGAAACCAUCACUUUACAAAUACAUAAAAACACCCACAUAUCGACGCUUCGAAAAAUCGAUGGACUCAAUAUUCGAUAUAACAAGUAGAUUUGUCAAUGAUGCUUUAGCACGCUUGGAACAGAAUCCUUCAAAAGAGGGAGAAGAACGCAGUGUGUUGGAGAAGCUUCUGAAAAUUGAUCGCAAAAUUGCUAUCAUAAUGGCAAUGGAUAUGCUAAUGGCUGCUGUGGAUACGACAUCUUCCGUACUAGCAGCCGUCUUUUUGUGCAUUGCUAAGAAUCCAGAGAAACAGCAAAAGUUACGUGAAGAACUUUUGAAUGUGCUGCCACACAAGGAUGACCACUUCACCAUGGAGAACAUGAAAAAUUUGCCUUAUCUGCGUGCCUGCAUCAAGGAGGCGCUACGUAUCUACCCACUUGCUUUUGGUAAUUUACGUGAAACCGGCGCUGACUUGGUAUUGGGUGGUUAUCAAGUGCCAAAGGGUACACGUGUUUUUAUGACUUCCAUUAUGCUAUUAAAUGAAGAACAGUUUUUUCCACGAGCACAUGAAUUUUUACCCGAACGUUGGUUACGCCAUCCGGAUGAAUCAACGACAACCGAAAGCGAAAAAUUAGUUGCUGAAAAUUUGAACAAAUUUAUUUAUUUGCCAUUUGGUUUCGGACCACGUAGUUGUGCGGGCAAACGAAUUGUGGAACUGGAGUUGGAAAUGUCAUUAGGCAAUGUGGUGCGACACUUCCAAAUCGAAUUCAAUCACCCAUCGGAUAAGCCUUUUGUAAACCAUUUUCUUAGUACGCCACGCAUUCCACUGAAAUUUAAGUUUAUUGAUUUGAAUUAUUGAGAGAUUUACUUGUAUAGUAUGUAUGUAUAAGAUUAUGUGUAUGUAGUUAACUGAUUGA